AUGGCAGCAGUAAUGGACGAUGCUUACGCAAUGCCUGAAGGAGAAUACUUUCUUCCCGAACAAGAAGGCUAUGAGGACGAAUCCAUUACGCAAGAGGACUGUUGGGCGGUCAUCUCGUCUUUCUUCGAGGAAAAAGGUCUCGUAAGACAGCAGUUGGAUUCCUUUGACGAAUUUGUGCAGAAUACCAUGCAAGAACUUGUCGACGAAAACUCCAACCUCGUAUUGCAACACGUUGGUGGCGAUGGCAACAUCACGAAACGAUACAUUAUUGACUUUGGACAAAUUUAUUUAUCGAAACCCACCAUGACGGAAGCCGACGGUAGCACACAGCCCAUGUUUCCGCAAGAAGCUCGAAUUCGUAAUUUAACAUAUGCAUCGCCACUCUACGUUGACAUGAGUAAACGAACCCAAAUUGCUGUCCCCAGAGAUCCUAGCAGCGGAGGAAAAACAAACCUGAAUGACCUUUUCGUUGAUGAGAACGGAUCCGAAGCACCCGCCAUGACCAAAGUGUUCAUUGGCAAGGUGCCCAUUAUGUUACGCUCCACAUACUGUAUAUUAAACGAAAUGCCCGAGAGUCAAAUGCACGAACUAAACGAGUGCUCGUUCGAUAUGGGUGGUUACUUUGUCAUCAAUGGUUCGGAAAAGGUCUUGAUUGCACAGGAACGUAUGGCCACCAACACAGUCUACGUCUUCGCCAAAGCGCCUCCCUCCAACGUCCAAUAUACAGCGGAAAUUCGAUCACAGUCCGAGAAAGGUUCUAAAAACGCCUCACCACUUUUCAUCAAGAUGAUGCGUCCCUCAGCAGAACGUGGUUCAAGCGGACAGUGUAUUCGAGCCACGCUUCCCUAUAUCCGAUCAGACGUACCCAUUGUCGUGGUCUUUAGAGCGCUCGGACAAGUCGCCGAUCGCGAUGUAUUGGAACAUAUUUGCUACGAUCGAAACGAUUACGAAAUGUUGGAGAUGUUGAAACCUUCCAUUGAAGAAGCGUUUGUCAUUCAAGAACAGGAGGUUGCACUUGAUUUCAUCGGUAAAAGAGGAACCACAGUCGGUGCCACCAAAGAAAAGCGUUUGAAGUACGCCUCGGAAAUUCUGCAAAAAGAAUUGCUUCCCCACGUUGGCACUGCUUACAAGACCGAAACACGUAAAUCCUAUUUCUUUGGUUACAUGAUCCAUCGACUGUUGCUGGCAGCCCUGGAACGACGUGAACUGGACGACCGUGAUCAUUACGGCAAAAAGAGAAUGGAUUUGGCCGGUCCUUUGAUGGCGGGUCUUUUCCGAAUACUGUUCAAAAAAUUGACAAAGGAUGUAGCGAAAUAUUUACAAAAGUGUAUCGAAUCAAGUCGCGAGUUCAAUCUGACGUUAGCUGUCAAAUCCAACACCAUCACCAAUGGUCUAAAAUACUCUUUAGCCACGGGUAAUUGGGGUGACCAAAAGAAGGCCAUGCAAGCUCGUGCAGGUGUAUCGCAGGUCUUGAACAGAUAUACCUUUGCUUCCACCUUAUCUCAUUUGCGUCGUUGUAACACACCUAUUGGUCGUGAUGGUAAGAUCGCUAAACCCCGUCAGUUGCACAACACACAUUGGGGCUUGGUGUGUCCUGCCGAAACACCCGAAGGUCAAGCGUGUGGUUUGGUCAAGAAUUUGGCUUUGAUGUCCUACAUCUCUGUUGGUUCUUCUGCUACGCCGUUGAUCAUGUUCUUGGAAGAAUGGGCCAUGGAGAAUUUGGAAGAAUUAAGCGCGAACAACAUUCCCGACGCCACCAAAGUGUUUGUGAACGGUGUAUGGAUCGGUAUUCAUCGUGAUCCUGGUGAACUGAUCAACUCGCUGAAACAAAUGAGACGUUCCGUGGAUAUUUCGCCCGAAGUUAGUAUUGUUCGAGAUAUUCGCGAAAAGGAAUUGCGCAUGUACACAGAUGCGGGACGUUGCUGUCGACCACUGUUCUUGGUGGAAGAUCAACAGCUGAAAUUAACAAGAGAGCACGUUAUCCGCUUGCAAGAUCCGGAGGACGAUUAUCGAUGGCAGAACUUGAUUGCAGACGGUAUCGUAGAAUAUGUUGAUGCCGAUGAAGAAGAGACGGCCAUGAUUUGUAUGACGCCAGAAGAUUUGGAAGAAUCCCGGAUGGCCGCUCAAUACGGCACUUCGUUACAACAAGCUCGUGAUUUGGCCAGUCGAGUCAAGAGUCAAACAGGCGCUUACUCCCACACAUGGACACAUUGCGAGAUUCAUCCCAGUAUGAUUCUCGGUAUUUGUGCCAGUAUUAUUCCUUUCCCCGAUCAUAAUCAGUCUCCUCGUAAUACAUAUCAAUCCGCUAUGGGUAAACAAGCCAUGGGUGUGUACCUGACAAACUACCAGACACGUAUGGAUACGCUCGCCAAUAUUCUGUACUAUCCGCAAAAGCCCUUGACAACCACACGAUCCAUGGAAUUCUUGCGAUUCCGUGAAUUACCUGCUGGUCAAAAUGCGAUUGUCGCUAUUCUAUGUUACUCUGGCUAUAACCAAGAAGAUUCGGUGAUUAUGAAUCAGGGCAGUAUUGAUCGUGGUCUUUUCAGAAGUUUAUUCUUCCGUACAUACAUGGAUGCCGAGAAGAAGGCAGGCAUGAUGUUCAUGGAGGAGUUUGAGAAACCGACACGCGAAACCACAUUACGAUUAAAGCAUGGCACGUACGAAAAGCUGGAAGAUGAUGGUUUGAUUGCGCCUGGUACCCGUGUAUCUGGCGAUGAUAUUAUCAUUGGCAAGACGGCGCCGAUACCUGCUGAAUCCGAAGAAUUAGGUCAGCGAACACAAUCACAUAACAAACGCGAUGCAUCAACACCGUUACGAAGCACGGAAACCGGUAUUGUCGAUCAAGUCAUGUUGACAACCAACCAGGAUGGUCUGAAGUUCGUGAAAGUACGAGUUCGAUCGACGCGUGUGCCUCAGAUGGGUGACAAAUUUGCGUCUCGUCACGGUCAAAAGGGUACCAUUGGUAUUACCUACCGACAGGAAGACUUCCCGUUCUCAGCAGAGGGUAUCACCCCUGACAUUAUUAUCAAUCCUCACGCUAUUCCUUCUCGUAUGACCAUUGGUCACAUGAUUGAAUGUUUGCUCGGCAAGGUUUCGACUUUGACUGGUAACGAAGGUGAUGCUACUCCUUUUACGGACGUUACAGUAGAAGCCAUUUCGGCCGAAUUGGAGGCGCAAGGCUAUCACAAGCGUGGUUUCGAAGUGAUGUACAACGGUUUUACCGGUCGCAAAUUAAAUGCUCAAGUAUUCUUGGGCCCCACAUAUUACCAACGUCUGAAGCAUAUGGUGGACGACAAGAUUCACAGUCGAGCAAGAGGUCCAGUCCAGAUUUUGACACGCCAGCCUGUGGAAGGUCGUUCAAGAGAUGGUGGUUUGCGUUUCGGUGAGAUGGAAAGAGAUUGUAUGAUCAGUCACGGUGUGGCGGCUUUCCUGAAAGAACGUUUAUUCGAUGCAUCCGAUGCAUACCGUGUUCACGUAUGUGACAUUUGUGGUUUAAUGGCAGUAGCGAACUUGAAGAAGAACAACUUUGAGUGUCGUGCAUGCAAGAACAAGACGCGGGUUUCCCAGCUGCACAUUCCAUACGCGUGCAAAUUGCUAUUCCAGGAACUGAUGGCGAUGAAUAUUGCGCCGCGCAUGUUUGUAGAUUCCGAUAACUAG